AUGGCGGAACAUCAAUUCAUGAAGUCACCAUUUGCCUACACUUCCGGUCGAUGGCUACAUCUUGACAACCUGCAGCGUGAAGCGCGGUACAUACAGUUCAAUUUUGACUGUCUGUGUGAGAAAGUCCUCUCUCUCUGUCCAUCUGCCACUUCAAUCCAAGCCUGUCAGAAACUGGAGGGUGGCUUCAACAGAGCAUUCAUCAUUACAACUGAUGAUGGGAGACGCGUUGUUGCAAAGUUUCCGACAUCUGUUGCUGGAUCAGCUAGAUUUGUCACAAACUCUGAAGUCGCAACAAUUACUUACUUGCAGCGUCAUCUCAAAAUACCAAUUCCAACCAUCCUGGACUGGUGUGAUGACCCGUCCAACCCCAUUGGCUCAGCUUACAUUAUAAUGGAACAUGCCGGCGGCAUUUCACUGUAUCAAAUGUGGCCAAAAAUGUCCUUUACCCAGAAAAUGAAUUGCAUUAGAUCAAUUUCCACAAAUAUUAUGAAGAUGUCUGAACUUAACUUUCCAGUAUAUGGCAGUCUUUAUUUUACUGAUGCAGUGUUUCUCGAAGCUGAUUUGAAGCAAAAGCUGGAUGGUGACUGCAAGUACUGCAUUGGGCCGAAUUGCAGAAACACAUACUGGGAUUGCAAUGUUGGAGAGCCCAGGAACUAUGCAUUUAAGGGGCCGAAUAGGGGGCCAUGGAGUGAUCUUCUCUCAUACUCUUCUGCUUUAAUUGAUGUCGGCAUUGCAAGAUUGCCCCCAGCUGAGAAUCUUGCUACUGAUCAGCAACCAUCUUAUCAGGGCUCCGUGGGCGAGCAUCUGGAACUUUUGAGCCUAGGUCAGGCCCUGUUUUCCAAAUUGACGCGACAUCCUCAGAUACAAUCUAAUGCAGCCCCAACUCUCUUCCAUUCUGAUCUACACAAGAGAAAUAUCUUUGUUUCUGAGGAUGAUCCCACUAUUGUGACAGGUUUCAUUGAUUGGCAAUCUACAAGUAUUGAGCCAGCAUUCUACUAUGCAGAUGAAGUACCUGAUUUCGCGAAGCCCCCUGUGAAUGAAACACCAGAGAGCAUUGAAAAGAGUCUCUGCAAUCAGGCUUUUGAAGAAAGGUUGGGACUUCUGGCUCCGCGGCUAGCGGCAGUGAGAAAGAUUGAUGAGACUCUCCUCCGGCCAUUCCGCUGCUGUCAUCGGACAUGGAAAGAUGGCGUGGUAUCAUUUACUCAUGAAUUGAUGCAGCUGAGGGAGCACUGGCAAGACCUUGGCUUUAAAGAAGACUGUCCUAUCCCUUCCUUGAGCUUUGAGGAAAUGCGCAUUUACCGGGAACGACUAGAUAUCUAUGACAAGAUGUUGGGUGUCAGACAGGAUAUUGUUGACAUGUUGGGAGUUGAGCAGCAUGGCUGGAUCCCUGAAGAUCGCUGGGAGGAAGUAAAGAAAACUCAUCAACGCAUAUAUAAGGCUGUUUUGGCAACCACGGAGAGUGAGAAGGACCGCCAAGAGAUAACGAGGAUGUGGCCGUUUGAUGUAGUUGAAGCAUGA